AUGUCAAAUCCCAAAGGCAGCGUCCUCAUCACCGGCGCAAACGGUGGUCUCGGGAGCGCAUUCGUCUCAAAUCUAAUAGCCUCCCCCUACGCAUCAUCCCACCGCGGAAUCUACAUGGUCCGAAACCCCUCUUCCGCCGCUGCCCUCAAGACGGUCCUCCAGAACGGGCCCAGGACACACGCCUCGUCGAUAAUCCCGCUAGACCUCAGCAGCCUCGCAGCGAUCCGCGAACGCGCCGCUGAGAUAAACGCUAAAGUGGCGGAUGGGACGUGGGAGCCGAUCCGGGCAUUGGUUCUGAAUGGUGCGUGGCAGGAAGCUAAUGAGAAGACGUUGAGACCACAGACAUUCACUAAGGAUGGAUUUGAGGGCCAUUUUGCUGUUAAUUAUCUAGCGAAUUUUCUAUUUGUGCUGCUGUUGUUACGGAGUAUGGAUAAGGAGCAUGGACGGAUUGUUUUGGUGUCGAGUUGGAGUCAUGAUGCGUAUGAUUCGCGCAAUGAUAGUAUUGCGAUUUAUAAAGACGAUGAGUAUAAGACUUUGUGGCGUGACCCUGAAGCGCUGUCAAAGGGUAUUGAGUACCAUGAUAAUGGUUAUAAGGCUGGGAUGAGGCGGUAUGGAACGAGUAAACUAUUACUUGUCAUGUUCAUGUACCAGCUCCAACGCAAGUUGUCCGCCGACCCAGCACUCUCCAAGAUCUCAGUCCUCUCCCUAGAUCCCGGUGCAAUGGGCGGCACCGGCCUCUUGAGGGAUAGUCCAGCUUUCAUCCGUUUCUUGACCAGCUAUCUUCUCUACUACCUGCAACCCAUAAUGGUAUUGCUAAAACCGAAUGGUAGAGCGCGCACACCAAAGAAAUCAGGAUAUGAUUUGCUGCUUGCAUGUUUUGAUGAGAAGUAUCUGGGGGAGUAUCCUAAGGCUGUGUAUCUUGGAGGAAGUGAGAAGGCGAUACCGAGUCUGGAAGCGAGGGAUGAUGAGAAGCAGCGGAAAUUGUGGGUGGAGAGUCUGAAGUUUGCGGCGAUUGGGGAAGGGGAUACGGUGUUGAAGGAUUUGUAG